CAAUAUCGACGACAUUCGUCCGGACGUGUUAUGUCUGCAGAACUUGUCUUAGAAAAUCAAGAACAAGUCCUUCAGGAAAGGGAGGAUCUCGAUGAUGGGCCCGAAAUCGACUCUGAAGAACUAUUGGCAGCAAUGGUAGAAGGUUCACCUGAUAACCAAUUUCCUGAAGUUUCCGAAGACAUGGAGGAUGAGGAACUUCUAUCAGAUGACUCAUUAUCAAUACUUGAAAAGAUUUUUUUAUACGUCAAGAGCGAUCUAGCAUUCCAUAAAGUGUACAUUGCAAAAGAACUGCCAUCUCUGAUAAAAGAUGUCGAUAUUAGUGAAGCUGUCGAAUAUGUGCUACCUUUAGUGAAUUCCUUAGGGACUGACCCUGAGGACCACGUGCGUGAAGCGUUUGUACCCGAAUUAGAUAAAAUCAUAUGGUUUUAUUAUUCUCAUUGCUUAAUCCGGGAGGAUGCACCCGAAAAUGCCCAAAAUGAUAAUAUUUCAAUAACGUCCAGGCCUCUAACUCCACAGAGGCCCCAGACGCCUCAGCAAAGGCCACAAAGACCACAAACUCCUCAGAGACCACAAACACCUAUACAGUUAAUGAUUCCACCACAACCACAAACACCUACUAGUCAUUUACCAUAUUUAUCCCCUGCCACCUUUACUCCUCUACUUCAUACGUUAUUACUUGAUCACAAUACAAUUAUCGCUCAGGCAGCACAAAAUGCUGUGCAGUCUCUAAUGGAGAGAAUCUUGGAAGAACCAGAUAUAGGCCCGAAAGAAAAGGAAUUACUGGAAAAAGAAAUUCUGGAGGGUGUUGUGUUAGGGAUAGGUCGUCUAGAUCAGGAGAAAGUAAAAAGAGAUGAAUCGAAUGAAUGGGAUACGGAUGGUGAUGAUGUGAGUGCGGUUGCAAGCGGUGAAGAAGAAGCAGAACUUGGCAGAAUGACAAUGAUGUCGCUAAUUUCUUCAUUGGCGUCUAUUGUGGGACCCGAGAAAUGUACCCGUCUUUUUGUGCCAGAAAUUGAUAAAAUGGCCGAAGAACAUGUAUUUUAUGUACGGAAGGAAGCGGCCUUGGCAGUCGGGAGUUUGGCUGGUGUAUUGCCGCUGGAUAUAGUAACAUCUAAAUUGUUACCCAUAUACGAUCAUUUCUCCACUGAUCCUAUUUGGCACGUGCGUCGUUCCUGUUGCAUUGUCCUUCCUACAAUAUGUUCUCGUCUGCCAGAAGAAAUGAAAUCAGAUCGGGCAGUCAAAGGCAUUGAUCUAUUCGCUGGAGACGUCAGCCGUAGCGUCCGUUCAGCAGCUGGUGAAAUUAUCGGGGAGUUGAUAGCUAUUUUCCAGCCAGAAGGAAGAGUUCCUGAAAGCUUGGUACAACACUUUCUGAGUCUCUGUCCUGUAAGGGAAAGCAGUAAUGGUAAUGGAUUCAUGGGUGCUUUUAACGGAGGACACAGAGAUCCUGAACGCCCAGUUAUUUGUGCAUACAAUUUUCCUGCUGUUGUUCUGACCUUGGGAGAAAGUCGUUGGAAUGACCUAAAAGAGACUUACACCUCUUUGACACGGGAUAUGCAGGUUAAAGUGCGUAGAUCUUUGGCUUGUUCGCUUCACGAAAUUGCGAGGGUCAUAGGUCCAACUAAGACCGAAGAGGACCUUUUAAAUGUUUUUGCAUCUUAUUUGGAUGAUAUAGAUGUCAGAUCUGGUCUUUUAGAGCAUCUAGCUGCGUUUAUUGAAUGUUUACCUCAAUCUACCCGAAAUGAUUGUUUACCAUCAUUAAGUGGUGUAUGGGACGGUGUUAAGAACCAAUGGAGACUUAGAGACGAAAUCACAGGACAAAUACCAGCUUUAUGUCGAUUAUUUGAUGAACAAGAUGUAAUAAAUCAUAUAUUACCAUUGGCUAUAAGGGCAGUCAGAGAUUCGGUGGCUAGUGUUCGAGAAACGGCCGUUGUUUGUUUUCCUGUCCUUUUCGAGGCAGUACGUAGCAAUGAAUUAUGCUUUAAAGAUUUGAUAAAUCGAGUUUGCGAGUUCUCUUCCGAACCCGGGUUCCGAGGCAGAGUAACUUACGUGCAAAUAUGCAAUGCUCUCGUUAGAGCAGAAUUUCCGAAAGACGACUUUUCAAAAUAUUUUUUAACUAGUUUAGAAAAACUUUCGAAGGACAAUGUAGUGAAUGUAAGAAUUGCCUUAGGAAGAUUAGUUGGAGAACUAUGUCAACUUGAGGAAUAUUAUGAAGACCCUACAAAUCGACCGUUGCAAAUAAACAAUAUGAUACGUAUUCUUUCCAAAGACUUGGAUGUUGAUGUGCGAGAAUUUGUCAUUCAUCUGUUGUCCCCUGAAGAAAGGUCAGAAUUUAUAUCUUCCACAAUACGAGAGAUUUUUGACCCCACGGAUAAUUUGAAUCGGCCUGAAGUGGUUGAAAAAAAUUCCCAUAAGCCUGCUGAGACAUCACCUUUGAAAACGGAGGAAAUUCGAGAAUCAAAUUUAAUUGGACCACAAGAUAUUGGAAAUGGUCAUGACGGGGGUUCACUGGGUGUAAUUAUGGGAGAAAUUCCAAUAACAUAUAUAAGACCUAAUAAUGUAAUCGAGGUACCAUCAACCUCUCCUCCCAUUUAG